AAUAUCGCAACUUGAUAGGCAACAUACGCCUCCAUAAGUUAACAUUUAGGGGGAGGGCGAUCCGGCGAGUGGGCGGACUGUAGCGGCAAGCGGCACGGAGAGGGAGAGAAAAAGAUUUCCAACACGGGCGUUUGUUGUGUGUGAAGGGGCAGUGAGAAUCUAAGAUGGCGGAUUACGGCUUGUCGGGGCGGCUGCGGACGGAGGGUUUGGAGGUGAUGGAGUCCGUACCAGGCGACGGGAACUGCCUGUUUCACGCCGUGGCCCGCCACUUGGAAGGCAAACCCUCCGCUGCGGAAGUUCGCCGCAAAGUGGUGUCCUGGCUGCGCUCGAACCCAUACGUUGACGGUGAGCACAUCAAGAACUGGCUGCCCGGCGCUACGGAGUCAGCCUGGGAGAGCUACCUGCGCACCAUGACCAUGGACGGGACCUGGGGAGACGAGAUCGUCCUGCAGGCCGUGUCCAACACGUUCGGCAGGGAAGUCUGCGUGAUCUCCAACCGGCACGGCAACAGGAGAAUUUCCUACCGACCAAAGGGUUACAAGUUCGGCGGCGGCGAUACCGUCUUUCUAGGCUUCUCCUACUCCCACUACACCCCGCUGUGCAGGGCCGGGUCAUCAGCACGUGACGUCAGCACCAGGAAUAGAAGGUCGCCUAGCAACGACGUGACGUCAUCAGACAGGUACUCGUCGUACUCCCAGAGUUCCUUUCGGCGGGGUCAAACCGACACGGACGACUCGCCGCCAUCUUACACAUCGCGCGCGCGCAGUACGACAGAAUCGACCACCAGAGAGCCAUGGUCGCGUUCAAGCUCGCUCAGAUCCACCGGUUCAAGUUCAAGCAGCGAAAGUUCACGGUCGUCAUCAAGUCGCCAGGAGGACUCUAGAGCUUCUCGUUCGGCUAUUGGCCGGUCUGUGUCUUAUGACGCUGGUUAUUCUGGGAAUUAUGGGAGAACGUUGAGCUCGAGUUCAUCAAGUUACUCUUCGUACACUCCCGAGUCCACUCGGCUGUCCACCAACUACACACGGUCCCUGAGUCUAACAGCGGACAUAGGAGGCCCGCUACUGGGGUAUUCUAGAUCAACCUCUCUGAGAAACUCUAGUUUGAACUCUAAUUAUAGAUCAACUAGCUCGAGCGGGCUCUCAAAUUACUCGUCUGUGUACAGACCGAGGUACGUACCGUCCUCGACUUCAACCUACUCGUACAAAACAACAGCUCUGUAAAGCACGGAUAGCCUCAAGCCUAGUAGAGGCUAAAGCACGGAGAGAAAUCUCUGGCUUCAGAAAUUAUGAAGGAAAACAUGAACCCGUAACAAGAAUGAUGUGAAACCAACUGUAACCCCCCCCCUCCCCCCCAAAGAAUUCGUUACCAAGUCUUGAAUGCUGCAUUUUGAGAAUUCAAUUUUGUGGGAUAUAAAGAAAUAAGUAAAGUAACAUUAGAAAUUUUACUAUCGUUACGUAAAGAGAUGUAGUCUCUUACCUGGAAAAGGAUUGUCAAUGAUCAUGUUUUUAAGUGAAGUUUAUUUUAUCUACAAGAAAAAAAAAAACAGUACAUUGGUGCCAUAUCCUGUACAAGGUGUAUAAAAGUCCGGUGCUAGA